UCUGUUCAACAUACAAAACCAGCCAAGUCAUCCAUUCUCAAAAUUACUAGAUCAGAGUGCUUUGGAGAAGCUCAACUCAUCAACUGACCAACACAUCAAUGGUUUCAUGGCUCUCUUUCAUGAUCAUGAUCAUCAACAUCAGCAGCGACUGCCGGAUCCUCAUCUUCAAUUCCCCACAACUCCUCUCUCCCACAAUUUGCAAAGCUACUCGCAGUCCGAUGGCCAGAACGCUGGCCUAUCAGUCCCUUCCGGUACCGGAAGCAAGAACAAAAGUUUCGCAAAUGCAUGGUCUCCUCCGGUUCAUGGUGCAUAUAAUAACAAGGGAUUGGGUGGGAGAAAGAGAAAGAGAGCUAAGAACGAGAGAGAUCAUCAUGUGGAGAUGAGACCUAAUGAAGUUGUUCAUGUGAGAGCAAAAAGAGGACAAGCUACUGAUAGUCACAGUCUAGCAGAGAGGGUGAGAAGAGAGAAAAUCAAUGAGAGGCUUAGGAGCUUACAAGACCUGGUUCCUGGAUGCUAUAAGACAAUGGGGAUGGCAGUGAUGUUGGAUGUAAUUAUCAAUUAUGUUCAGUCAUUACAGAAUCAAAUUGAGUUUCUGUCUAUGAAGCUUUCAGCAGCUAGUAUGUACUUGGACUUCAACUCUCUGGAAUUCGAUGGCUCGCAAACAGUGCAGCCCACAAAUGCAAUUGAGGUGCCAGAGAUGGAUCGGAUUGGGAAAGAAGGGUUUAAUCAAGAACAGUCAAGCUUCCACUCAACAUGGCCUCAUUGAUCGAAUUUCAAUAAAAUGUAUAUGCAAUUAAAGAAACCUUAAUUUGUAUAAACUAUCUUACAUUUCACUAUAUAGCUACUUAUAUCGAUGAUAAUGUAAUAAUAGUUUUUCUUAUU